AUGAGAACAUCCACCUGGGUUUCGGCAUGCGCCUGGGCCUGCAUGAUCUCCGCAGCCAACAGCGAAGGAGUCAUAUCGGCAGACAAUCUGAUUUCGAUAGCUCCAGAGACCGGGUCCUGCGAUGGGGCACCUUUCCUGAGCGAGUGCGUCACGGCAGUUACAGCCGCACCAUACAUCGACCUCAGUUUCUUGAACCACGGCAUCAAGGGCUUCAACACCCAGGCAGCCGUAGUGGCAGUCAUGCUCUUCGAAAGCGGUAACUUGAAAUACAACAUCAAUCACUACCCUGGAGUCCCAGGCCAGGGCACUCGCAAUAUGCAAAGCCCGUCGUUCAAUCUGAAGUACGCCACGUUUCUGUCCACGGCCUGCACGAACUGCGGUAUCUCGACUGCAGACGUCGAACGGGCGACGAGAGAAGGGCCCACAGCUGUGCUUGCCCUGGUGAAUGGCAUGCAAUUCAGCAUCGGAUCGGCGGCAUGGUUUCUGAAAACCCAAUGCGAAAGCAGCAUCAUGGAUGGCCUCGCAGCAGGAACCGAGAUUGGGUGGACGAGCUACAUCGAGCAGUGUCUCGGUACCACUGUGACGGAGGAGCGCACUGCAGGCUGGAACAAGGUCAUGUCCUUGGGGAGGUGGUCCUAG